CAAUGUGGUCCUUUCGACAGCCCGUUUCAACCCUCCUAAUAUGAUCACUGUUGUGCUAACUAUUGCACAAUUGAUAAUAUGGAUGUCUGCUUUAUAAUUCUUUGAUUAUGAAUUCGAGCGACCAAUUCGAUUUCGAGGGAACGCCUUGCGCAUCUGCGCUUCAGUUUCGCCAUUGCCAUGGAAUAUAUAAGUAUUGCUUGAAUCAUUCCUCUCUACUUUGCAUUCAGUUCAUUUUCAAAGUCAUUUGCAUCUGCCAUGGCACCAAUUCGUACCGCUAUCAUUGGCCUCUCCGCCGCACCCACAGGCUCAGCCUGGGCUGCCUUAGCUCAUUUUCCGUAUCUGUCCCAGUCUCCCGAAUAUCAGGUUGUUGCGCUUCUUAACAGCAGCAAAGAAGCAGCAGAAACAGCAAUCAAGAAGUUCAACUUCCCAGGAGACACGAAGGCUUACGGCACCUCUGAAGAGCUGGCUGCGGACGAUGAAGUGGAUCUUGUCAAACCUAUUUUGGAGAGAGGAAAGGCGUCGGUGUUCUGUGAAUGGCCGCUUGGGGCAGACUUGAAGGAGUUUCGUGAGAUGACAGAUGCCAUUGGGGAGACCGGGGUCGGCAAUGUUGUUGGAUUUCAGGGCGGCUUCACUCCCCUAGUCACUACUCUUAAGGCCCUCAUCGCGGAUGGGAAGAUUGGGAAAGUCCUUUCUAGUACCGUGACGGCCUCUGGCAUGCAUGGAGGCCCGUCUACCCCGAAGGCUUAUGCAUUCACCGACGACCGUAAAAUUGGAGCAAACACCCUCACAAUCGUAUUCGGCCAUUUUACCGAGGCCCUCUUCGCCGUUGUUGGGAAAUUGGCUUCAUUCAACUUGAUCCUAGACACUAAGUGGCGAACGGCCACCGUUCUUGAUGAGCAUAAUGACCUUGCAGUUUUCGGGACCCAGGACCGGACUUCUCCCGAUGAUGUACUCCUGCAGGGGCGCGUCGAAUCCGGGGCCCUCCUGUCUGUCCACCUUCGAGGCGGGCCGCCGAGUCCAAGCGAAACGGUCCCCGAUACGAUCUGGAGAAUCUAUGGGGAGAAGGGGGAAAUCACCAUCUCUUCCCCCCAACCCAACAUUAUUAAUACCGUAGAGGGGGUAAGCAUUGAGCUCCACGAUCAUGCGAGUCAAAAGGUGGAGAAGAUCGAGAUACGGAAAGAUAAGCUGGAACACUUGCCAGAGCCCGCUAGGAACAUAGGGAGAGUUUAUGAGGCGUUUGCGGACAAGACGUGGUACCCAGAUUUCCAGCAUGCCCUCCGGAGAUAUAAACUUGUCUAUGAGAUUUAUCGUCGCUUUGACAACGGACAACAGGAUACCAAGCCUCAUUAUGCCUAGUGUUAUGGUUCCAGGCCGGUCCCCUGAAACGAUAGUCACGUGGCUAGGUUAGCAGUCGACGUCUUCAACAUCGUG